CUGACUAUGACCUGGACUAUGAGUGCUAUCAGGAGGACCUCUAUGACAGGAUGUAUGACUACCAGCGCGUGCCAGCUUCCCUACCUCCCCUGUCCCAGGGACCUAGCCUGGCCAAACGACCCCGCUCCUCCUCCACUUCCUCUGGGCACAGACGUAGCCGAGACAGGCCCCCCUCCAAGAGCUCRAGAGCCCACUCCACCAGCUCCAACAGGGCCAAGUUGCGAAUGGAGGAGCUGCAGGUCAUUAAGAGGGAGCUGACUCUGAUAAAGACACAGAUUGACGGGCUGCUUGACAACCUGGACAGGAUGGACACACAGAGGCAGGACCACACAGGGUCUCCCGUGAGGGAGGGCAGUUUGGCCGGGUCACGGUACCCCCCUCCGCCAGCAGCGGUGGACCGCUCCCCCCCCCUGUCCCCCCACGCCGCUGCAUCCAAGAGAGAGCCCCGAACUCGGGGAGGCCAGCGACGAUGA